AUAUGUGUUUUAAGUAACGGUGGAUGCUCUGGACUACACUUCCCAUCAGCACUUGCGACACACUCGGAAGUCCUUUUUCUUUUCUUCCGCUGUCUGUGAAAUCCUUUUUGGAUUGACAUCGGCCGUCACCAUGGCAGCCCUCAGACCCCUCACUAAGCCCAAAAUCGUCAAAAAGAGAACCAAGAAGUUCAUUCGCCAUCAGUCAGACAGAUAUGUCAAGAUUGCGAGAAACUGGCGCAAGCCCAGAGGUAUUGACAACAGGGUCCGCAGGCGGUUCAAGGGCCAGAUGCUGAUGCCCAACAUUGGUUAUGGUAGCAACAAGAAAACUAAGCAUAUGCUGCCAAAUGGCUUUAAGAAGUUCCUGGUGCACAAUGUCAAGGAGUUGGAAGUCCUGAUGAUGAGUAACAAGACCUACUGUGCUGAGAUCGCCCACAAUGUUUCCUCCAAGAACAGGAAGGUGAUAGUGGAGAGGGCAGCUCAGUUGGCUAUCAAGAUCACUAACCCCAACGCCAGGCUCAGGAGCGAAGAGAAUGAAUAAAAUGGCUGUUCAUAAUAAAUACUUAAAAAUUGA